AUGAGUUUGUUUGAGUGGGCGUUCGGUAAGAGCGUUACCCCGCAGGAGAGGUUGAAAAAGAACCAAAAUGCUUUGGAUAGGACUCAGCGCGAACUAGAGAGGGAGAAGCGGAAACUGGAGGCGCAAGAAAAACGUUUGGUCCAGGAUAUCAAAAAGUCCGCGAAAAAUGGACAAAUUAACGCGGCUAAAAUCCAAGCUAAGGACUUAGUGCGGACAAAAAGGUAUAUCGAGAAGUUUAAUGGCAUGAAGACACAACUCCAAGCUAUCUCUUUGCGGAUACAGGCCGUUAGAAGUAGCGAUCAGAUGGCUAUUUCCAUGCGAGAAGCUACAGGUCUUCUUUCGAGCAUGAACAGGUCAAUGAACCUCCCGCAGUUACAAAGAAUAUCCAUGGAAUUUGAACGUCAGAACGACAUGAUGGAUCAGAGACAAGAAUUUAUGGAUGAGGCUAUUGAUGAUGCUAUGGGUGAUGAGCUUGAAGAAGAUGAGGAGGCCGAAGAAAUUAUCAACAAAGUCUUGGAUGAAAUCGGAGUCGGCUUGAACAACAAGUUAGAGGACGCGCCUCAGGGCCUGGUCAAGAAUUCUGCGGCAGCGGAGGCAAGAGUGGCAAUCCCAGUGGUAAGUAAUGAUACAGGUGGUGCACUGUCGGCAUCUUCGAAUACAGAUGACGAGUUGCAGGCUAGACUGAACAGCCUAAAGCGAGGAUAA